AUAGAUGUUGCAGUCAAACAUGUGACCAUUGGCGGGUUCCUUCAUUUGCUGAAGUGCCUACAAAACUGUUGCUGCUUAAUGGCAAAUUGAAUAGAAAGGCAAGUUGAACUUCGGAUCUGGUCAUCUGAAAUCCACUGUAAGACCAAAAGAUCAAUUUUAUUUCUCAGUGAGGAAACAAAGUAAGUGAGACUGGAGCCUCCAAAUCCAAACAACCCUCCCAUAGAGCUUUUGGGGUCUUGGGAAGUUCACUUGGAUGAAAGCACAGAUCGGAAAUACUACUUUAACACAAAUACAAAAGAGAAGACUUGGAAACCACCUAGGCUCUUUCUGGGAAUGCAGAACAUGAAGGAUGGAUCCACAGCUCAGUCGAAAACAAGUAUCCAGACAACAGGCACCUCUGAACAGCUUCCCUCAACCCAUUUCAGCCCUAGUGCUGUUCAGCGGAGGGUGAAGAGUGGAGCUGCUAACUCUGACCGCCUGAGCCAAACAAAGUCCAUGGUUCUGACCGACUCCAACCCAAUUAAGUUACCGAUAUCUCGCCACAGGCGAAAUCAUUCACAGCACAACCUUUCAGACAUUACUGGAAUGGUGGAUCAGUCUUCACUGAAGAAAAAUGGCUAUUUGAACAAAGCAAAGAUCACAGAGGGAGGCAAGAAACUGAGGAAAAACUGGACCAGUUCUUGGGUUUGCCUUGAGGGAGACAAAAUUGAAUUCUACAAAGAUAGCAAACAACAAAUUUUAGCCAAUUCGAAGAUGGGCUGUAAGCCAGAAAAUGUGGACCUGUGUGGUGCUCACAUUGAAUGGGCAAAAGACAAAUCCAGCAGAAAGAAUGUGCUUCAGCUAACAACAAUCUCAGGGAAUGAAUUUCUCCUCCAUUCUGAUGAUGACAGUAUACAUGACUGGUACCAGGCCAUCAGAUAUGCAAUUAAUAAACUGUCAAAGAAGGGCAUCUCAACAACAGCACAUGGUAUCUGGAAAAGUUCAAGCAGUGAAGAACUGAACAGGUGUGAGGGAGAGAGCAACAGCAAGACUAAUGUGAAAGAAACUAAAUCAGAGUGCAGAAAAUCAUCAUUAAUACUACGACUGAACCACAGCCCAUCUGACACCUCUGAGAAGAAGAGAGUUAAGAGCAGACUAAAAAAAUUUAUAUCAAGGCGACCUUCAUUGAAAACUUUACAAGAGAAAGGUUUGAUUAAAGAUCGUGUAUUUGGCUGCCACCUUGCUGUCCUCUGCAAGCGUGAGGGAACUACUGUUCCAAAAUUUGUGAAACGUUGCAUCGAGACUGUGGAAAAAAGAGGAUUGGAUGCAGAUGGCAUUUACAGAGUGAGCGGCAAUCUGGCUACGAUACAGAAAUUACGAUUUGUCGUGGACCAUGAAGAGAAGCUGAAUUUGGAUGACAGCCAGUGGGAGGACAUCCACGUCGUCACCGGAGCACUAAAGAUGUUUUUCAGAGAGCUGCCUGAGCCACUUUUUCCAUUCGGCUUUUUUGAUCAAUUUGUAGACGCCAUAAAAAAUCAGGAUUACAACCAACGUGUUCAGUGUAUUGCAAGACUGGUGAAGAAACUUCCUAAACCGAACCAUGAUACCUUGAGAGUUCUCGUUACACAUUUACAAAAGAUAAUAGCAAAGGCACUGGUGAAUUUGAUGUCAUCGCAGAGUUUAGGCAUUGUAUUUGGACCAACUCUCAUGUGGCCUGAAAGGGAAACUGCAAAUAUGGCAGUGAACAUGAUGUACCAGAAUCAGAUUAUUGAUCUGAUACUUUCCGAACACGCUGAAAUCUUCAAACCCUAGGAGAUGUGAGCACAACUUGCCUUCAGUGGUUAAUAUUAUUCUCAGAAGACCUGACGUUUAGUUAAGUUGUGAUUCUGCUGCUUGCACAAGGUCAUCACCAUUGUCCUUGCUUUUUUUGUUCUUUAUCCCCUCACCAUUUCAUUUACUAGAAUCCAUAUAGACAAAGUUUGCCUGGUAUUGGUCUAUUAUUAUUCUUUGUUUAUAAAUCACUGAUUGACAGGCUCAGUUUUAAACUUUUAAGUACAAUCUACUUGGACAAAAGAGCCACCACUCUCUGAAAUAUUAAAUGUUCUGCUAAUAUUGAUCAAACAGAUUGCAGUCAGACUCAGAGCUGCACAAUUAUUUGUACAAACAAUGAUUAAAGACAAAACAAAUCAAAUACUUUGAAUUACUGAUCUCUAGUAAAUCAAAAGGCAUGUUUUUAAAGGAAUGGUCUGGAGAAUAUCUCAGAUCACUUAGAACAUUUCAGAAGAGAAGUUAAGGAGCAUCUCUUCAUAUACAUAGUGUAAAAGACUAUCCCAUAGAUGGAUAGCUCAGGCUUAACUAGGCACGAUGCAGUAUAUUGUACCUUGUGGGGAAUAUAAUAGCGUAUGGAUUUCAGGAUCAGGUUUUUUUAAAAUCACUGACAUGUCAUGAAAUUUAUUAUUUUGUGGCAGAAGUAAAAUACAUGAAAAUGACCACAAAUUGCAAUUUGAAUAUUACAAAAAACAGAUAAAUGUUGCAAAAAGAGAGCAAGAUGUUGAGGUAACGUUUUUGGGUUCAUGGACCAUUCAAAAAUUUGAUUGCAGAGGGCAAGAAGCUCUUCUAAAAUGCAGAGUUUGUGUCUUCAGACUGCUAUACCUCCUCCUGGAUAGUAGCAAUAAGAAGAGGGGAUAUCCUGAUGAUUAUUCCUUCAUGAUAGAUGCCACCUUAUGAGGCAUCGACUUUUGACAAUGUCCUCGAUGGUGGGAAAGCUAGUGCCCAUGAUGGAAUUAUGGUGGAAGUUUACAACACUCUGGAGAUUUUUCCUGAUCUUAUGCAUAGCUGUAGAAAUUUGCUGGAAUCUUAGUACACUGUGGUAUGGAUCAGUUAUGACUGAAUGAUGGAAUGGACAUAAGAAGUUGUAAGACCCUCUCCUGUUCCUUGAUCCUCCUCCUCCCAUGACCAACAGGUCCCAGCAUCAGUGUUUGAUUUUUCUCUACAUUCAUCUAUCCAGUGCCCUAUCCAUGCUUCUCAGGUAUUGGGAUCUAAUUUUUUACUUCUGGUUUUCUGCCAGUCUGAAUAGCACAACAAACAAUGACAAUAUCAUCAUUCACAUUUCAUCAGGUAAUCUUUUCAUAAAAAUAUGGCUCAUGGCUCAUUAUGAAAGUUUUUCACCCUUUUGAUGCAUUUGGUUGGUGUUGGCUAAGUUGGUAUUUAUUGGCAAAAUUAAAUUUACUUGAACUGUGUGGCAUCCUCAGUCAUACUUUCUGGAUGUAUACUGAUAUUCUUUUUGUCUUGAUGUGAUUUUGUUGCCUAAUAUACGCCACAAGAUUGAAAAUUCACAGCAAAAGGUGAAGAAUUAGCAUGAAGUAUUAGAGAGUGGCUGGCACUGAUGAUCAAAGUCACCUAGUGUUGAUCUUGUAAUAAUUUUCUAAUAACCCUAUUUACUUGCACAUGAAAUAUCCAUUUAAAAAAACACACUCAAAAAUACAAUUUCAAGUUUGAUUAUUGGUUCAUUCCAUAACUUACUGGUAGAUAGCUUCAUUGCUCAGAGAGUAAGACUAUCUGACAAACAGAAAAGCUAUUACACAUUAGAUUUAAGAUUGGGUUUCUCUACGUGCUAUUUUACUUUUCAAAUUUGCCAGGUUUUCUUUCCAUUUCCUCUGACUGUCACAUCAGCCAUUAGGAGGUUUGUCUCCUGCCAGAUAGUUUGUUUUAUGUCAGACAAAAUCCUGGCAUUUUUUUCCCCUUGCUGAGGUGAGAAGCUUCUACCCACCUAGCAAUUUGGCUUUGAACUGAUAACACUGAUCACACAUAGUUGGUGGACUCAAAGGUGUGAGCCAGAUAGAUCUGAAACACACCCUAUGCUAAUGUUCUCAUCAAAAACCACUUCGAGUAGGGUGUGAACUGAGCACUGUCUUAACAUCCAGUUCUCAUGCAUGAAUCACUUCCAACUGAUUAUUGAUUGAGUCAACAAAAAACUCAAUGAGCUUUGCACAACAGUUUAAAGGGCACUGCUGGCAGAAAUUUAUAGCCAGCAAGACCAGAUUUCUCUUCAGCUUAUAACAGAAAAAUGCAACUCAUUGAAGCAGCAGUAAACAGGUUUGAUCUCCAAAGGUUCAAUAUAGAGAGAUGAUGAAUGUAGAGUAUGGUGCUUUCCUACAAAAGAUAGAAAAAUUAAAACCAACAUUAACCAUUGACUUCUGUUUGAGUCCUCAAGCCUUUGACACACUAAGUGGCAGCUGAGAAAUUACCUCAAUGUACAAUCCCCAAAUGCCUGCUCCCUCACUUAUUAAGAGAGUAUAUUGAGUCUAGGUUAGUACUGCAAGCAAGAAUAAUUUUUGUGUUUUACUUUGUAUUUAUAAAAAUCGAACAUACGAAAGAUAUUUUUCUGUGUAAUUACAUUAUCAAAGAGUAGGGCUACCUCUCAAAAUGCAUGUCAAGAUAUCAACAAAAUCUGGGAAGUUAUUGCGAUAUCAACACUGAGCACGUUUAAUGAUCACAGACUUCAAUCUUUCUAAAUUAGACCAAUUUUUGAAGUCGGCCCAGGAACAUGAGCUUGAAAUCAUCAAAUGUGCUUGACAGUACUUGCAAAUAUUCACCAAGGGGCACAGAGGGAAAACAGUAUUAUUUACAUUGUGCAGUUACUGCCUUUACGUUUGGAGAGAAAGAAAGGAAAUUGAAGAGAAAAUAAUGUUCUGCAACUAUGUAACGCAUUGAUUCUUAACAAGUUAAAUGUACAGAUAAACUAUUUUCACCUGGUUGUUUGUGUCAAGAUGUGAAUACUGUGAAGACAGAGUUUAAAGAGGGUCCAGGUCUAUUUCUAAUUUGCUCUUUAGCAUUGAAUGCAUGGACAAACUGACUGGAGAAAACAUUUGUUUUCUGAUUAUUGUACAAUUCAAAGGGGAAGUUUAUGCUAGAUUCUAAAUUUAAUGUGUAUUACUAUAUUGUGCAUAUUGAAGUCCACUCUUAUUUGAAUUUCAACAUUCAAUGGAAACAAAAUAUAUGCUCUUGAGUGACCAAAAUAUACAAAACGAUCUUGGACUUUUUGCAACAGUCAUAAAUAAAAUUUAAUUGUUUUCCAAAAGUCUGCUAACUUUCCUAUGAAAAUUUUGUUUUCUUUAAUUGUAAACAAAAUUGUACAGCAACUUAAUUGGUUUUUCUGUGCGAAUUUUUGCCAUUUUUUCCAGCAUGUUAACUGUGUUGAAAUUAAAAAUAAAGUCAAAACUGCUUAAGCUA